AUGAGGGCUGAUAGCGGCGGGAAGCCAGGUCAGCGCUGGCGCGGGCUCCGGCUGCGGGACUGGGAGGCGGGGCCGGGGUACGGGCUGCGGGUUUUCCGCGGCGGGAUCCGGAGGGGUCGGGCCCUGGAGACCGUGUGUGGACGCUGGUGCCUGGGGACCCGCUUCCCUGCAGGGAGGGCCGGGCCAGAGGCCCCGCACUUCCAGCUGAACUCUCAUCUCUCAACACUGGCAAAUAUUCAUAAGAUCUACCACACCCUUAAUAAGCUAAAUCUAACAGAAGACGUUGGCCAAGACGAUCACCCAACAGGAAGCCUGCGGUCUUGCAGCUCUUCAGACUGCUUUAGUAAAGUGAUGCCGCCGAGGAAAAAGAGGAGACCUGCCUCCGGAGAUGACUUAUCCGCCAAGAAAAGUAGACACGAUGGCAUGUAUAGGAAAUAUGAUUCAACCAGAAUAAAGACUGAAGAAGAAGCCUUUUCAAGUAAGAGAUGCUUAGAGUGGUUCUACGAAUAUGCAGGUACUGAUGAUGUUGUAGGUCCUGAAGGCAUGGAGAAAUUUUGUGAAGACAUUGGGGUCGAACCUGAAAAUGUAGUUAUGCUUGUCCUAGCUUGGAAAUUGGAUGCACAAAACAUGGGUUAUUUUACUCUACAGGAAUGGUUAAAAGGAAUGACUUCUCUACAAUGUGAUACAACAGAAAAACUCAGAAAUACUUUGGAUUACUUAAGAUCAUUAUUAAAUGAUUCUACAAACUUUAAACUUAUUUACAGAUAUGCAUUUGACUUUGCACGGGAAAAGGACCAGCGCAGCCUAGACAUAAACACUGCCAAGUGCAUGUUGGGACUGUUAUUAGGAAAAAUCUGGCCCCUUUUUCCAGUUUUUCACCAAUUCUUAGAGCAAUCAAAAUAUAAAGUUAUUAACAAAGACCAGUGGUGCAAUGUGCUAGAGUUUAGCAGGACAAUUAACCUUGACCUCAGCAACUACGACGAAGAUGGAGCAUGGCCAGUUUUGUUGGAUGAGUUUGUGGAGUGGUAUAAAGACAAACAGAUGUCCUAGGACUUUAUGCAUAGCAGCGAGAGAGUCACUGUUACCACAGAUAUGUCAACCAUUAGCCAUAAAUUGCUGUUUGUAUCGAAGCGCAUGCUGCUUUUCUUGCACUGUCUCCCUUUUGCAGGGACGUUGUGGUGUUUGCUGUUGAAUGGGCCAGCUCUGCUUGCUGUGUAGCAUUGUUCUCUUGGAAGGCUGCUUCGCAGUUUGUAUUUACACUACAGAUUGGUGAAUUUGCCAACGUCCUCACUGUGAUGAUGUGUAUAUUGCUGUUUAAAUUUUGUAUAUGUGUAUAAAAAGAAAAAGCUUCACCUAGAGAUUAUUUCUGCAAAACUGUAUUGUAAAAAUAAUUUUUGUGGCAUAUUUCUAGUCCCUUUUUUCAAAUGAACCAAUUAUACUUUAUUUGGUCUCCAACGUAGCAUUUCAGAACACAAGAGAGAACAACUGUUACCAUAAGCGAAUGUUGCCAGAAUUAACCUCAUUGUUUUUAAGAGGCCAACUUUUGGAAGGAGGUGGGAAUUAGAACUUUUCAGAGGCAUAUGCCAAAUAUAAUUUGGUUUACUUAAAUAGGAGUGUUUUUAAAUGAUGAAAGGUACAAUUAUUUGAACAUCUGGACAUGUACCAUGCCACAAAUCAUUUCCACCAUGCAAGGUGUAGGUUUUUAUUCUCUGAUGUUAAAGCCGUAGUAGUUUGAAUAUAGGUACAAAUGAACAAAUUAAAAUUGCACCUUUUUUAAAUGAGUUUGAAACUCUCGUAAACUUCCUUUACUGUUUGGUUUUUUUUUUUUUCCCCUU